UCAUUGUGCUUUGCUCAGGGUCAGCUCAGUGGUAUCUCUUCCACCGAGUCCUCCCUUAAAAGAAAUAAACGGAGAGCUCCGCCCCCACCAUGUGAUGGCCCCACCCCAUCCGAUUCAGAUAACAAAGAGGAAGCUCAAGGGGACGACAAGAGUUCAGACAAAUACAGAGCUUGCACUGCUGACCGCUGCCCUGCAAUUGCUAAAGUUAUGAGUGAACUUGCAGAAUCUCUGCAGGCACGGCAACAGAGAACCCUAUCUUCUGUAAAUUCUUCUAUAUCCCAGAAUCAGCUAGCAGAAGAUUCUUCUACAGGUUUGUUUUCUGAGCAUCACACCCCUGAGGCUGAGCUUAAGGCACUUUCUGGCUGUCAGCUGCUGAGAAACCCCUCUGAGAGAGAAGGUUUGACCACCUUCACUGUGGUUCCCCAGAGACGUCAGCAGAGCAGGCAGUGUUUUGAGGUGCCACUAACCUUACAGACACCCGACACUGCUAAAGCCGAACAAGAGCUGUGCCCUGGAGACCAAGAUGCUCUUGAGAUCUCCACCACAGAGAUUUUGGAAGCAGUCACAACUGAACCUUUCAGAUAUGUGUGCAAACGUUCAGAUAAAAGUGAGCACUUAUCAGAGGUUCUACAUCUACAGCAUGUGAAGCAAGAGAAUCAAGCUUGUACAAAUGUAGAGAGCGAGAAUUUGGAACUUAAAGAUGAAGAGGACCAAUUUAUUCAUCCAGAAAACAUGGAGCUUGAGAGCUUAAAAUCAUUCCAAAGAGGCCUCGGUGAUCUAGAACAUUUAGGUAGCACAAUGAACAAUCUAGAACUAAAAGACAGUUGGGCUAAUCCUUCGAAACUUGCUGAUAGGUCACCAGUCAAUCCAAAUACACAUCUUGUGGAGCAAGAGGAGAGGGAAGAGCAUGCGUUGGUGGAAACUGGAGAAGAAAAGGAUUUGGUAGAAGAAUACAAAGAGAGAAGAAGGAAGUUUCUAGGUGGUGAUGAUGGUAUGAAAAAUGUAGAUGUUUGGGGAAGGAUCCAGAAAGAAUUUACGAACAGGCAAGAAGAAAAAACAAUACAAGAAAUGGACUUCCCAUCACCUCCACUGCCUGUCUGCUGGGAUGAGAAUAAUGGUGAAAAUGAAGAGGAUUCGAGCGAGCUAGAAAUGCAGACCUGUGAUGAAGACCUUGACCAAUGGGCAAACUUAGACUCAAAGCCCAAAUAUGCACCUUGUCUACAAUAUGCCACACCAAAAGCCCACUCGCCCCAAACUAAUACUGAUCUGAACAUCUCUAGGGCUGAAAACAAUUGCAGCUCUGAUCCUGAACCUCACAGGACUUCCUUUUUAUCUGAAUCACAUUCAAGCUUUGACCCCUACCCUCCUGCAACAGUCUCUCUUUUCGCCUUGGCUGUAUUUCAGAAGGCUAAGCGCUCCAAACCAGGGCUGGAUCCCAACUGCUCCAGGAGACGGAAGCUGCCCGUGCACACACACAGUAAUUGAUGGCCAGUCUGAAUAUGGUAGUGUUCAUUUGGCUUAAAUAUGGAGGAUGUUCUUCACCAGAAUGAACAGGAGGACACACUAUAUUAAACUACUCUAUUAAAACCGCUAUUUCUUAUAAGAUUAUUUGAUUCUGUGUUUUAGCAUUAUGAAUAUUUUGGAUGAAAAACAUUCUGAAAGAUCUGACCUGUAUUUUCCUUUUUUUUUCUAUUUUUUUUUUCUUUUUUUUCUCGACUGAUUUUCACAGAUCCUUUCAGAAAGGAGUAUUUUUCCAGCCUUUUAAUUGACUCAACAGGAACGUUAUUGUGCCAAGAGUAAACUUUGCCCCCACUGAAUACACUUGGGGUAAAAACAUGCAUGUAUUCAUAUGUGCACAUUUUUGUAUAUUGAUGAAGGCUUAUAUUGCCGAAUUGAAGUCUUUUUUUUUUCUUAGAGAAAUUAGUCCUGAGAAACUUGCCAGGAUACAGUUUUCUUCAUGUUGUCGUUUGUAUUUUUGAGCAUAAAUAAAUAACAUUUGUUUGUAAACUUCAGGCAAAGUGUUUCAUCAUUCAGAUUUAGUGAAAAAUAUAAAAGCAAAGUCAGAGUGGGUGGUGCUGUGAUGUUAAAGAAAUAGUUCUCCCAGAAAUGG